AUGGUGAACUAAUAUCAUGCAGAAACAAAAAAGAAACGAAAGCCUUGGAUAAUCCAAGUAUUUUAUUAAAAUAUUUAAAAGGAAGAUAAGCUUCUAAAAAAAUUAGUGAAAAAAUUCUAAAAUGAAAGACUUGCAUGGAAGAAAAUUUCUUAAACUUUAAAAUAGCAUGGGUUUAAUCGUGAUACAAAGGCUUGUAGAGAAAGGUUUUCUAAUCAUCUUGAUAACAGUUAUAAUAAAACAGAUUUAACAGAUGGGGAAAUAGAUUAACUUUUCGAUUUGAUUGAGGUUUAUGGAAAUAAAUGGGUAUAUAAAUGUAUAUAAAUAUAGACAUAUAUUGCGGAAUAAUUAAAUAAUAGAACAGACUAAGACAUAAAGAAUAAGUUUUAUGCACAUGUUAAGAAAAUAAUUCGUCGACUAAUUAAGGCUGCUUAUAAGACAACUGAAAGUAUUUAUUUAGAUUAAUUAGGUUCCAUAAUAAUUGCUAAAAUCCAACCCUUAUUGAUUUCUAGCAUAUAUUGUCAUGAUGAUGAAGAAAAUGAUAAAAUAUUAAGAAUAGAUGAUGAGAUGAAGAUUCUAUUUAAAUACUUAAUACGAAAUAAUAAAAAGAUUGAAGUUGGAGUCAAAGUGGACGACUCUACAAUAGAUAAGGUUAAAAUUAUAAUGAAUUAUCUUGGUGAGUAAAAGUAAAGAAAUAUCAUAAAUUUAGUGAUAUUUAUAUUAAAAAGAAAAUUAAUAAGUAGGCUUAGAAAGUUCAGCUUAAGAAAUUGAAACAGAAGAGAAACCUUAAAGUUUAACUGGGGUUAAAUAAGUAAUAAAGAAUAAUUGACAAGAUAUAAAAGAGGCAACCUAUUUUUACAACAAAGAAUGUCAAGAUAGAAAAGUUUUUAUUUUCUUAGAAUCCAGUACAAAAGGAAUAAAUGUCUAUGCCUUGUUUUGAUUUUAAAUCAUUAGAAAAUAUGUAUUCAUUUUAGCCAUUUAUAAAUCCAAUAAUAACGACUGCUUCUUUUUAUUGGAGACAGCCAUCUAAUCUCUUUUCAAUGGAUCCAAUGUUAUCUAAUGUAAGAAAUAGAAUAUAUAUAUUUAUAGAAUUUUCUGUUCAGUUAUUAAGGGAAUUAAAAUUAAUAUAGAUUAUGGUCAGAGAAAUAUAAAGUAACACCAGAUUGA